AUGUAGGGAAUCCGAGAAUGUACUUAAUUUUUAUGGCUAUAAAUUAAAGGGACAUUAGUUAUUAAUAAGGCACUUAUUUUUUGUGAAAGGAAAUAGACGAGAAACGAGAGAAAAAAGACAAUAAAGCGUUUUAUGUCCUUUUAUGGUUCAAAGAAAAAAUUUGUAAUUAAGGAACAUAAAUGAUAAGGGGUCGUUUGGUUUUCGUGUCUGGUUUAAGCCAUGAUCGGGCUUUUAGUCGAGCUAAUGUCAUGUUAGUUAAAUAAUUUUGGUGUUUGGUAGGGGUUUGAGGGAUUUUUUGCUAAUCUCAUAUCAUUGUUUGGUUUUCAUGUUACCCAAGAUAGUUAGCGAUUAAUGACUAUUAUACCCUUAGGGUUGACUGGGUUUUGUGUAUAUAUGGGUCACUUUGUUAUUUCAUCAAUUCCCGCUUUUUUAUUUCUGGAGAGCGCUUUCUAGAGAGCGCCUCUUUCGGCACUGGCGACGUCAAGCAAUUAACAACAAUCGUUCCCCUAAACCCACUAUUUCAGGCCAGCGAUGUCUGAGGCUCGAACAUAUACAAAUAGCAUCGGCGGCAGCCAAGGAACCCAAGGCGGUGGUCAGUACCAUCGGUCAAGCAUGCAAAGGGGAGACCGCGUACGCAGGAGUUGGUCUGACCGCGAAGAGGCGUUGUUGAUAUCUGGUAUGAAGGCUUUGGUGGCUAGAGGCUGGAAGUCUGACAAUGGUUUUAGAGGUGGAUACGCGAACAAGAUAGAAGAAUGGAUUACGCGCGAAAUCCCAACUACUGAUUUGAAGGCUGAGCCACAUAUUAAAUCGAAGAUAACUUCAUGGAAAAAGAACUACUACUCGUUGGCCAAGAUCCUCGAUCGCAGCGGUGUUGGGUUCAACCUCCACAACGAUUUCAAAAUCGAUUGCUCAGAUGACCAAUGGGAUCAAAUCGUUAAGCAAGAUUCAAAUGCUCGCACCAUGCGUUACAAAGCUUGGCCUCUAUGGGAUGAAUGGAAGAUCAUAUUUGGCAAGGAUAGGGCUACUGGAGGUACCUCUGAAGGUAUUGGGGAAGCAGUCACUAGUAAUUCUCCUGAGGAGCCCCUCACAUCCAUUGGUGAGAGCGGUGACUACUAUCCAAGCUUCGAAGACUUCCUGGGGAACGAGACAAUCCAGCCGGCAUUCACACAAGAUGUUGUAGAGGACACAAGCGCCCAAAGUGGGCAGAACGUAGCUGCACCUGCAAACCCCCCUCCUCCAAAAAAAGUAAACCGCAAACGCAAGAGCAGCGACGAUGAUUUUGGUUUGUUCACCCUACUUGGACAACUCCACUCUGAUACCAAGGCUCGCUUGGACACACUGGCCGUACGUAUUGGAUAUGAGAUGGAUUUGGGGACUGCUAGGAAGGAGAUAUUCCGUCAUUUGGGGAACAUCCCGGAUCUGACCGAGGCACAACGUUACGAUCUAUGCGACAUCAUUGGCAAGGAGAACUCGAGGCUUGAGAUCUUCAUCGGUCUUCCAGACGCGUCAAAGCCCGGUUAUGUGAAGCGCAUUCUGGAAAAAGAAGCUCGUUACUAGAUGGUGGGGGUACGUGAGUACGUCUAUUCUACUCUGCCGCUUCAAUUCCAUGGUGCAGAGUUCUUUUGGCUUAUAAAAAACUAAGAUCUUUUGGAUUCAGUUCACUUCUUUAAAUAUAUUAUCAUCCUCUAAGACAUGCAUGUAACUUAAAUUCGGCUGCUACUAGACCUUAAAUUCAGCUGAUGGUUUUUUGUA